AUGAAACUAAUACUGUGGAUCGUUGUUUUUAUAUGGUAACAAUACCACCAAGUAUUACAGAUAUUUGUGAAUGUACAGUACAUUAUCCUAAAACCAGGUGGUUAAAAAUAUGAGCUUUUCCCUUUUGUUAUUCCGAGUUGUUCCUCUCUCUUAAAACCACUGUCCAACUUCUCCUACAUUCAGAGAGUCCUAUUGAUGAGAGUUUGCCCUGGGAGAGCUGCACUGAGACAGAUGCUUAACUAUCCAGGGAGGCGUCGUUAGUGUAAUCAUGCAAGCUCACACCGGCAGCCUCAUUAAUUAUCUCUGCCAGCUCAAAAAAACAGGAAAUGGAGAUCAGAAUGUGUGUGUGUGUAUGUAUGUACGGGUGUUUUGUGGAGCGCAUGGGAGGCAGUUUGGACGGUGACAUGCACCUUUCAGAUGAGGUUCAUGACACAGUGUCACCUCUGACGCCGCAGGUCCCUCAAGACGAGUGGGGAGGCUUUCCACUGGGGAAAGAUGAGGAUAUCCCAUGUAGACGCAUGCGCAGCGGGAGUUACGUCAAAGCCAUGGCAGAGGAUGACAGCGGAGACUCAGACGGCAGCCCUAAACCCUCACCCAAAAUGCAGGCACGACGGGCCAGCUACCUCAAAGCCACCCAGCCAUCACUGACAGAGAUGACCACUCUGAAUAUCUCCACAGAACACUCUCCAAAGCUGCAGAUCCGGAGUCACAGUUACUUGCGGGCAGUGAGUGAAGUUUCCAUCAAUAGGAGCAUGGACACCCUGGACCCCAAAUCUCUGCUAGCCUCUCCACAAUACCGCUCACGCAACGAGAGCUACAUGAGGGCUAUGAGCACCAUCAGCCAGAUGAGUGAGGUUGAGGUUAACGGGCAGAUCGAGGCAAUGUGUGAGAGUCUGUUCAGUGAAAUGGAGUCACAGGGAGUGGACACCCUGGACCUUCCCAUGCCCGGGUGCUUCCGCAUGAGGAGUCACAGUUACGUGCGUGCCAUGGACCAGGGCUGCUCACAGGACGACGACGACGGGCCUUUGCUCCCAGCUUCCCCCCCGAGAACCACCACUACUGUCAGAACCAUCCAGAGCAGCACAGUAUCAUCAUGUAUCACCACCUACAAGAAGACUCCUCCGCCGGUACCUCCUCGCACCUCCACCAAGCCAUUCAUCUCCAUCACGGCCCAGAGCAGCACUGAGUCUGCGCAGGACGCUUACAUGGACGGUCCCGGGACGAGGUGUGAGCCCGUCCUCCACUCUGGCCUGAGCAAUUCCACUGAGAGCAUUGACAGCAUGAAAGCGCUGACGGCAGCCAUCGAGGCAGCCAAUGCUCAGAUCCACGGUCCUGUCAGUCAGCAUGUCAGCAACAGCACCAUCACCAUCAGCACUACACCCCCCUCUCCGCUGCCCAUGCCUGUGCCCGUCCCCAUACCCAUACCAGCCCUGGAAGACGUGCGCAGGGAUAUGCUCAGGAAGAGCAGGUGCCUUUCCAUUGGCAUCCAGGUGGAUGGGCCUGAGGACCAGGAACUGGAGGACCAGUCCAAGUUUCAGUCAGUGGGGAUUCAGGUUGAGGAAGAGCAUGGUCACCGGCGGUUCAAGCGCUCUAACAGCGUGACGACAGCGGUCCAGGCUGAUCUGGACACUCCGGACUACACACCAGCUGACUCUUCUGUCACAGAUUUCCCCUCCUCGGGCUGCUUGUCGCGGCAGUACUCGCGUGAUGCCGCCACCUCCACCGUCAGCAUCCAGGGCUCAGGGAAUCACUACCACGCCUGCAACUCAGAUGAGUAUGAGGACGUUGGCUUUGAUCCCUCCAUCCUGCCUCCACCUGACCCAUGGAUUGAUAGUGUAACAGAAGAUCCACUGGAAGUCGUAGGCCGCUCUGUGUGUCAGCGUGAUGGCCACUGGUUCCUAAAGCUGCUGCAGGCAGAGACUGAACGUAUGGAGGGCUGGUGCAGGCAGAUGGAGCACGACGAGAAGGAGAACAAGCUACCUGAUGAGAUCCUGGGGAAGAUCCGCAGUGCAGUGGGAAGUGCACAGCUGCUUAUGUCCCAGAAGUUUCAGCAGUUCAGGGAACUGUGUGAGGAAAAUCUGCAGAACCCAAAUGCUCACCCCCGGCCAGUGGCUCAAGAUCUCGCAGGAUUCUGGGACAUGCUUCAACUUUCCAUUGAGAAUAUCAGCUUAAAGUUCGAUGAGCUUCACCAACUCAAAGCCAACAACUGGAGACCCCUCGACCCCCCCGAAAGAAAGGAGAGAAGGCUGCCUCCCCCAGUGCCAAAGAAACCCCCGAAAGGCCACCCUCCUCUGGCCAGAGAUCGCUCGCUGGAAAGCACAGAGAAGCAGCGUCAAGAUGCGCGCAAACGUUUGAUGGCGGCCAAGCGAGCUGCUUCAGUACGGCAGAACUCGGCCACAGAGAGCGCAGACAGCAUCGAGAUCUAUAUACCCGAGGCCCAGACCAGACUAUGAAACUGCCAAACAUGAAAACGCACUCACACACAAAUGCCCAGGUGCAGGAUUCCACCGUGAGCACAACACGUCACACAGAUCUGUAUCUGCCUAAUGCUAAGAUCACUGUAAAUUAGGAGCGCCACACACCAGCACCAUGAUAGCACAGAAGUAGUAAUUUGACCUUCCAUUAUUUAAUAAAUGACAACCAACAUAGAUGUACAUCAUAUUUCUAUGACCCCCAAGAUGUUAGGGAAAAAUGACUUGUUUAAUUUUACACAAAUGAAAACGAGGCUGUAGGUUGUACUGUGUUGUGGUCAAUCUAAUUUUCACAGCAUGUUGUUUUUUUUUCUCAUGAAGCUUUUUGGAAAGACUUCAAAAAAGAAAUCCCAUUAAAUGUCCUGAACUUCCAGUAGUUGAAAUGGUCAAGGGAC